AUGACUGAAACAGCAAAUCAGUUACUAAGUCGCGUCGUCCCAGUUUGCACUUGGCAGGCACCAGGUUCAACUGCUACAACUGAACCAGCUUAUCCCCACUUUCUACAUGUCGUGAGAGAAUGGCGUUACUUCAACCGAAGUGUCAACAAUUCGAUCUGUCAUACUCCGGGAGGACAAUUCCAGGUGUUUCCAAAUAAUGCAGGAGAUCUACUUGAAACACUACUAGGAGGAGCAAGUUUUAGUGCGAGAUGUACUGGAAUUUUGGGUGUUCCCGAUUUCAUUUUAUGCACUAAUAAUCCCACAGCAGGCAAGAUGCCUGUGGAGGUUAAAAUACGUCACAAUUUGAGAAAAAAAAUCUUAUCUCAGGCGUUUGGCGAAAUGGCUUGCAAUGGUCUUCAUUUUGGCAUUUUGACAAACUAUUCUGAUACAUACUUUCUCAAACGACUGGAAAAUGAACUAAACAACCUAUAUGUUUCUCAUGUUGUUCAUCCUGAUAGUACCAAUCCAACUUUACGCGACUCAAAGAAGAGGAAGAGUUCUUCAAAGCAGAUCGGUAGCAGGAAGAGAGAAAUCGCAUCAUCUUCCAAAGAAAUCACUACAAUAGGUGAAUACAUAGAUAGCGGAACCUUUGGAAAGGUUUUUUCUGGCUAUUAUUAUGGUCAACUUGUGGCAUGGAAGACUUGUAAUGCGUAUAAAGAGCAAGAAGCAACGAAAAUGCUAAAACAUGAAGCUCAUAUUUACUCUAUUUUAAAAGAAUGUCAAGGUCGUGCUGUUUCACGUUUGUUCUAUAAAGGUUACAUUUAUGACGGAUAUCUUUUUGCAUUAGUAUUGCAAUUAAUUGAGAACGCCCAUCACAUUGAUCUGGAAAGACUCACUAAAGAGGAAAAAAAAUUAAUAAUUAAUCAGCUCAAGUCAAUACAUAAUUGUGGUGUCCUACACAAUGAUAUCUCAAAGCAAAAUAUUCUAUAUGAACCAAAGAGUCGCCAUUACUUUUUUAUUGAUUUUGGCUUGAGUGAAAUCGUGGAUAAUGAGUCGCCGAAAUUGCGCAAGGAAGAAAGGAGAUUAAAAAGAUUUUUACAACUUUAA